CAGAUUGAGGAGAGAGAGAGGGAGAGAUCCACUGUGUCUGUGGUGACCGCCAUGAAUCGUCUUUUGCUUGUCAUCCCCUUUUUUCUAACCAAGGCCAUGACUGUGAGUCUCCCUCUUUCUCUCUGUUAAAAAGUAAGCCACAAAAACAACCAACUCUUCUCUCUCUCGAAUCUAUUGGGGCUGUGCAUAUUACUCCCAGGAGCAAUUUUGGCCCCUCAUUUUCCUUCCUUCCCACCCAAUCGACGAACCCAACUCCUCCUCCUCCUCUCUCCCUCACUCUGAAGCCCGUCAUCUUCAUCUUUCUCCCUGUUGGGGAUUGGUUUUCUUUCCACGAAGCUCUAAUGAGGAGGAGCCUCGUCCCUUCCCCUCUCCAAAGAAAAAGCACCCGUCUGUCUCCCCUUAUCUGACUGCCACUUUCUCUCUCUAGAGCCCCCGGUUUCUCUCUCUCUCUCUUGCUGUUUAUCUCUCUCUCUCGCGCGCGCGCUAGAGGGGAGGAGCCAUGUAUUCCAGCCAAUCGCAGAUGGCGAGCGGCCUGAUGCGGUACAGGUCGGCACCGAGUUCGUUUCUGGAGAGCUUGGUCAGUGGAGGGGAAGAAUUUCAGCACCCAGCGCCGGAGAAUUUGAUGGGGAGGUUCUUCUCCGGCGACUCAUCCUGCCUGACGUCGGAGUCGAGCUGCCGGGUGACGGUCUCCCCUCCCGCGACGGCGCCUCCGGAUCUCGAGGAGAUCGAGCCGGGCCGACCGGAGGCGCGGCCGCCCCCGCCGCCCCCGCCCGUGGAGGAGGAUCUGAAAAAGAGCCAGGGGUUUGGUAGCGGCAGCGGGUUCUGCGAGUCGGAGAUUGUGUUCCAAGGUGGGGGUGGUGGUGGUGGGGGCGCCGCUGCCGGCGCUGGUAGCAGUGGUGGUGGGUUUUCUCCCCUCGGCCAUAUGGGAGUGGGCGGCUUCGCAACGUCCAGUAAUUUCAAGAGCUCUCUCACGAGGCGCAGCAGCUCCCCCGCCGGCUUCCUGGCCAAUCUCCACCUGGAAAAUGGGUACUCUUUGGGUGGUGGAAUUGGAGGUUUUAGCUUGGACAACUGUUCUAAUGGACAGCAUGGAGUGACACAAAGGAGGUUGAAGUCUCAGCUGAGCUUCUCCAGGCAAGAUUCUCCAAAAGGCCUCAUGUCUCAGUUAUCAGACAUCAACAUGGCAGAAGUUGGUGAAACCAUCACGGGCAACAGCAGCUCCGACGAUGGCAGCUUAGGAUCUGGAAAUGCCACCAAGUCUUACAUGUCUAGUGGUUUUCCUCUGGGCAGCUGGGAUGACUCGCAUCCUAUCGUCUUCGGUUCUGCACCCAGGAAGCGUGGUAGAGAUUUGAAUGGAGAAAUUAUUCAUGGUUUCUCGGAUACACAGUUUGGGCUAGCUAAGACACCAAUAGAUAUGGUUUCUAUGGAGAAGUAUCUACAAAUUCAACAAGAUGCAGUUCCUUGCAAGAUUCGCGCCAAGCGUGGCUGUGCAACUCAUCCACGAAGCAUUGCUGAGAGGGAAAGAAGAACAAGAAUUAGUGAAAAGCUGAGAAAGUUGCAGGAGCUUGUGCCCAAUAUGGACAAGCAAACAAACACUGCAGACAUGUUGGACUUGGCUGUUCAAUAUAUCAAAUCUCUUCAAAAUGAUGUUCAAACUCUCACACAAGAACGUGGCAAUUGCACUUGCUCAAGCAAGCAAGAAGCAAAAUCAUAAUAGGAAGAGCACCAAAUUUAAAGACUGAAAUCACUUUCUUACCAUAGGCAGCAAUAUGGAGAGUUGGAUAAGAUUGAGAUCAUCAUGACCGUGAAAUUAUGGUUUUAUGUCUGAGGCAACUGUGUUUGUUCUUGUACAUAUAUGGAUCUAAUCUUGCUUCCUCUUUCUGGAGGGUCUUAUCUCUAAGAAUUUCGGCUCCUAUUGAACCUUCAUGUAUUGUGCACCAACAUGAAUGAGUUAGUGCACAAAGCAGAUCAUUCUCGCAACAAGCUUUACUAAUUCAUCGUAUCUAUGAGUAGGAAACCGCCGUUGAUCAUAGCUGCUGUUGCAGCAGCAAUGAUCUUACCAUUUUGGUGUAAGUUGAUUCUAAGUGGUGGUUCUUGUGAAACAAAUCUGUUGUUGAUGGUACUACAGUUGCUGAUAUUACACAAUAAUGAUCUCGUAAUUGUUUUGAA